GGCCGCGGCCCCGCGGGUGCCCCGGCGGCGGGCGGAGCGUCCCGGGCAGGAGCGGCGGGAGCGGAGCGCGGGGAAACGCGCUGCGUGGGUGCGCCGGGGUUGGGAGGGGGUGGCCCGGCCCGGCGGGUUCACUUGUGUUCGUGCAUCAGCCCUCCCCGUCCCGGGGGGCGCCUCUCCGUGCGAGAGUGGGUUCUGCCCAGUGGGGAGAUAAAAUCCGGGGUAAGGCGUACUGACGGUGUCCACAGGCAAGGGGGUCGGCACAGGGCAGGCGUGCCGACAUGGAGGGAGAUGAAGAGGAAGACUACAUGUCUGAUUCGUUUAUUAAGCAGGAUGUAAGGCCCGGCUUGCCCAUGGUAAGACGGGUGAAAGAAGCAAUUCAGAAAGAGGAAAAGCAAAAGGAAGCCAAUGAGAAAAACAGGCAGAAGAGUAUAAAAGAAGAAGAAAAAGAGAGGCGAGACUUGGUGUUGAAAAGCGCGUUGGGCAACGAGAACAAAGGCUUUGCUUUACUCCAGAAGAUGGGCUACAAGAGCGGCCAGGCCCUUGGCAAAAGCGGAGAAGGCAUUGUUGAACCUAUUCCUCUGAAUAUAAAAACAGGCAGAAGUGGGCUUGGUCAUGAGGAAUUAAAAAAGCGAAAAGCUGAAGAAAAACUGGAAAACUAUAGACAAAAACUCCAUAUGAAAAAACAAGCAAAUGAACAAGCUGCAGAUCAGUUCAGAAUAAGAUUCAAAAACAAACAAGAAGAACGUAAGAUGGAAGGGGACCUAAGAAAAAGCCAGAGGGCCUGCCAGCAAUUAGAUAUGCAAAAAGACAUCGAAGUUCCCAAAGAGACUUGGUUUUGGAUAGAACCUGAAGAGGAAGACAAAAAGGAUGAGGAAGACAAGGAAGAUGAAUGCACAAGCUCAGACUUAAGUGUAUCAGAAAAGCUACAGAUCCUGACAGCCUACUUGAGAAAAGAACACUUUUAUUGCAUUUGGUGUGGAACGACCUAUGAAGGUGAGAACUCUGAAGAUUUAUCUUCAAACUGUCCUGGAGACAGCGCUGCAGAUCAUGACUAAGCCUUUCUAAAGGAAUGAGUCCUAAAUGAGUAUGUAUAAUCCAUAAUAUCUUUUAGAAGGUUUGGAGCUGUGCUACACUCAAGAAUUCACACCAAAGUACACAGAAGAAGAGUUAGGUUGACAGGUUAAACUCACAUAAGUGAACUUCCAUAAUUGAGAGGUAGGUUAAGCCUUCCACAUCUUUUUUUACGUCCCACCCAACUGAGCAAGAUCAGCCAAUAAUAAAAUUCAAGUCUGAGUAAGGGAAUAAAUAUUGGCUAAUCCCUUUGUUGUAUAAUGUGUUAAACAGGGGUUUUCAUCUUUACAGAUAUGACUAAGUAUUAGAUUCUUUUUGCUUACUAUCUUAAACUCAGGAAAAAAGAAGUUUGUGAAAUAUUAAAGUGAUGUUAUUUGAACCAAUAUUCUGUUGUAUGUGAAGGUGCAUAUUUUGCAUAACUAAAGAGAACUGGAUCAUGAUGUUGGGUUUUGAUUUUCUUAAUAUAAAAAUACAUUUUAAUAGACCUUUUAUUUUUAGGAAACAGCAGCUGCUGUAAGUAGCCAUUAAUAAAAAGGUACUGCUGGAGUAUACAAAUACUCUUGACGAAAAAUGUAUCAAAACUACUGGGACAAGCUCAAUAUUACGUAACAGGAAGAAGGUAAUGACACAAUUCGUGCUCUGUCCAAAAACUGUAAAGAUAUUCAGACAAAAGAUUGUCAUGUAUCAACUGUCAUAUUAUGAAUAGUUUUAUAGAAUCAUAGAAUUGUUUAGGUUGGAAAAGACCUUUAAGAUCUAGUAAAAUCAUAUAUGGUAAUUAUAUCUCAAUGGGUAAAAGAGAAAAUGGGUAGUAACUAGUAAUAUAUGUGAGUGAGGAUAUAAUUUCUCACAGAUCUUGACCACUGUGAAGAAAUGCUAAUUAGCACAUGGGAAGGCUCUGGGAAGACCUUACAGCAGUCCAGGGAAGCCUACAAGAGAGCUGGAAAGGGACUUUCUACAAGGGCAUGUAGUGUAGGACGAGGAAGGGAAUGGCUUCAAACUGCAAGUGGGCAGGUUUAGACUAGAUAUUAGGAAGAAAUUCUUCACUGUGAGGGUGGUGAGGCACUGGAAUAAGUAGCCCAGAGAAGCUGUGGAUGCCCCAUCCCUGGCAGUGUUCAAGGCAAUCUGGACUAGUGAAAGGUGUCCCUGCCCAGGGCAGUGGGGUGGGGAUCUUUAAGGUCCUUUCCGACCCAAACCGUUCUAUGAUUCUAUAUAUAUGAUUCAUGAUAAUGAGAAAAAAAAAAAAUAGAACUGCUUAAGGCCUUAUAAUAAAGUAUAUACCUUCAGAUUCUUAUUUAGCAACAAAUGCUCACAGUAGAAAAGCAAUAAUUUGCAUAAGAAUUUAAAAAUUAGCAUGCGUUAAUUUACAUUUUUCCUUUUAAGCAGUCACACAUUUUGACCCCAUUUAACAUUUCAGGAAAGGUGUACAGUACUUUACCUGUUUUUCUGCUUAGAAAUCUCUGUUCAUUUGCCCUUAUGGAGUUAUAUUGGCUCUACAGCAAUGAGGAGUUUGACAAGAUACAGCUCAAAGACAAGCAGUUGGAAGGAAUAACAUGCCUGUCUUUUCACCCUGCUCCCCACCAUUGCACACACAAUACUUGGAAUUCAGGCAGCUCUGAACUCUUUGAAGUGUAUAACUGAAGAGUAACAGAAAAAGUGCUGUUAACUUUUGUGGAGCUGACAGUGGAACCACCAGAGGUAUUCAGUAUGCUGAAUUAAGGGUUAGGCAUUCCUCAGUAUUAUAACAGGGAUUAAAACCUAGCAGCAGAGGAAGGCAUGUUAAAAGUGCUCUCUCAGCACAGGACUUCAAGUGAUUACUACUGAGGAAAUUCAGGGGAAUUUUGCUGUAUUAAUAGCACAUCAACUGUUCCUUUCAAAAAAAAAAGACAAACCAAACUAUCAAACCCCAAGUUUUUCGGAAGUUUAGAACUUUCUCUAGUAGAUUUCCCAGAAGCUGAACAUUUAACAUUUAAAUUCUUAAUAAAUGCCUACUUUAAAAGUAUAUCUGUUUUAAAUUUUAGAGCACUGAAGGUGCUAGGUCAUCAACAGGUGUAAAAAGAUAAGAAAGCUCACUUUACAGUACUGAAAUUCAGUGAAGAAUAACCCGUGCCUAUUCCUAGUGUCUUUUCUACCAAAACUAGUCUUCAUUUUAAUGGGAGCAUUCCAGUAAUUAUUAAAAGGAUCACUGAAAAAUCAGAAAGGUUUGAGUCACAUACCACAAGCCAGCACUUCUUCCAUGGAAAGCAAUAGAUAACCUCAAAGAAUAAUAGAUGCAGCACCACAUCCAGGAAUUUUCCAUAGGCCAGUUAGCACAUUAGCCCAUCAACAUAAUCUUCUAACAGAAAAGGACUAGGUUCUUUUACUUAUUGUAGAGUACAGUUCAGCUCAUCCACAACCUGUAUUUUCAGGUAAAAAUUGCAAGUGAUUUCUUGCAGAAGUACACAGUCCUGGUCUGCAGCCAAUGGACAUGAACGCUGAUGUGGCCUUCGAGCUGACAGACUCCACAACGGCAGGAAGGCAAAGCACCAAGGAAAAGGCAUACCCCAAGUCUUGCUGUUGCUUCUUACGUCUAUUGUUUUUCAUCAGUUUCAAUAAAUCUAUCAAACUCUGGAUUUAAACAGAGUCUGAAAGCCUUUUAAAA